UUGAGGACUAGUCAGGUAAAGCUAAGUCCCUAAUUUGGCUCUGUGUAGUACCUAAAGGUCAUGCGAAGGUCAGCAGAUCUUCUAAUCCAAACAGUGAGUGGCAUGGCGUGACUGGCAGGAGAAGAGGUAGUGUAUUGUGGGUAAGUUGUUUUGGCCUGCAGUGAUGGAGGUUGAGUUGGAAAGUGCUGAUGGAACUCUCAUGCUGCACUGGGGGCCAGCCUGUACCAAAAAACACCAAACCUGACACACAGAACAAUCCAGGAGCAUGGGAGGGGCACUGUGGAUAGCCUUUGUCCAGGCAGGGAGGGGUGGAGCUGGCACAAAGGGUGGCUUCACCUCUGGACAUGCUAUAAAAGGCGGUUCUCCUGAGUGGCAGCACUGUAACUGGACCAUGGAAAGGAGGAGCCCCCUGUUACCCCUGCUUCUGUUGCUGCUGGGCCUGGCGCUGGAGACGGCCUACACCCACGCUUUCACCCCCAGCCGCCUCCAGCAGCAGCACAAAGUUCUCCACCUGGAUUGGCCUAAGGACUGUGGACUGGCUCACUUCAAACCCAACACUGUUGAGCGCAUUGUAUCAGGCAACGAGGCCAGACCUCACUCCUGGCCCUGGCAGGUCUCACUGCAGGUUCGUCCCAGAGGCAGCAAGCACUAUGUCCAUGUAUGUGGAGGAACUCUGAUCCACAAGAACUGGGUGCUCACUGCAGCACACUGCUUCCAGAAGGGAAAAGCUGAGGAUGCUGGUAGCUGGAGGAUUGUGUUGGGGAAGCAUCAGCUGAGGAGGUCAGAGACACCUGAGCGCAUGUUCCCUGUGAAGAGGAUCUAUAGACACGAGCAUUUUCGCUAUCCGGCUCACAGCGAGCUGGACUAUGACAUCGCCCUGGUUAAAGCCGGCACAGACAUCCAGCCCAGCAACUUCAUCCGCUACGCCUGCCUGCCGCGCAAGCAGACCAGCCUGAAACCAGGCCACUACUGCUGGGUGACUGGCUGGGGCGACACACGAGGUGGGAAAGAGAAUGUGUCGCUGGCUGAGGCACUGAACCAAGCCCGUCUGCCCAUCAUCGACUACAAAACCUGCAAACAGAAGAAGUUCUGGGGAGACCGAGUGAGGGACUCCAUGAUCUGUGCUGGGUUCAGAGACACUGAGGGACCUCCUGCUGCCUGCCAGGGGGAUUCAGGUGGUCCUCUGCUGUGUCAGCUGGGCCGUGACCGAUGGGAGGUCCACGGCGUGGUCAGUUUUGGCCCGAUUGGCUGCACAGUGGAGAACAAGCCCAGCGUCUUCACCCGCACUGCUGCUUACAUCCCCUGGAUCGAGGCCACCCGCAUCAGGGACUUCUUCCUGCACUGAGCUCCACAACUUCAGUGACCUCUAUGUGGUCUCCAUCUCAGUGGAGACAACAGUGAUGGUGGGAUCCACCAGGUCUGGGUCUAGUUCCCCAGACACACACAUACACAGAUAUACAUAAGCUCAUUCAUCUGUACUCUGUGUACUGAGCACCGGUAGAGCACUCAUCGCCACCAGGCACCAAAGUUAGGACAGUUUAUGCUACAGUGUGGGUUGCUUCAAUGCUACGCUUGUAAGAUUGCCAUGCUCUUCAACGACGAGAACACAAGACACCAGGUUCUUAACUACUUCUUUUAAUGCCAGGCUGGCCUACAACUCGCACUAGGCCAGUCCAAAGCUGUGUUAUUAUAUAAAAAUACAAAACCUUAAUCAAUUCUGGUGUUAAAGUCUACUCUCAAAAAUGGGUUUGGCCCAAGACAGCUGACUCCAGGCAGUGUUGUUCUUGUGGAAUGUGGCUUGCACAGCGCUUUUCCCUCUCAUUGUUCUACUAAAAAGGCUAAGAUUGCCUCUGAAGUCCCCCGAAUACAACAGGGGUACAAACAUCACCAGGCAAGAACACCUCAAUAUCUGCUUCUGUGAUACCCCACUCUUCUCCUCUGUAAAGGAUCACCAACAGAUGCAAACAAAAGAUGCAUAAAAGCUGAAACUGAUUGAACUCAUCAUUGCAUGCAAUAUUAGGAACCCAAAUUGAGAAAUAUAAUAUGCCUUAUCUACAUUGCAAACACUGGAUGUAUCUUCAAACAUCCGGUCAAAAAAUAAACAAAUCUGUGAAAACA